GAAAAAAUGGAGUCAAAAUAUUUAAGAUUAGCACUUUUAUUAUUUGUUCUUGCUAUAUCCCAUUUCUUCGUGAUGGCAAGGGCAGAUCUUAUAAAAGAUAGUUGUAAGAAUACUUACAAUUAUACACUCUGCGUAUCAACACUGAGGUCAGAUCCGAGCACUUCCAAUAGCACUAUUAACGUCAAAGGGCUUGCAUAUGUGAUGCUGAAUGUGCUUAAUGCAAACAAUACAAAGAUUCUUGCUGAAGUGAGUCAUCUACUUAAUACAACCAAGGAUCCAUUAGCUAUACAAUGUCUUCAAAGAUGUUUCUCAGACUAUACCGUGAAUAAAGAUUUCAUUCGAACAGCUUAUAGCCUUCUGAAUUCAAAUAAUUAUGGCGAUGCAAAUUCUCAAAUGGCAUUUGCAGCCGAUGAGGCAAUCGAUUGCGAGUCUUCCUUCACUGAACCCCCAAUUGCAAUCAAGUCACCUUUGACCACCACAAACAAUGUUUUUGAGCAGCUAGCUUAUAUUAUUGCUGAUAUUAUAAACAUUUUAGGUUGAUUUUGGUUUAUCAAACUUUCAACAUUAAGUAUA